AAGAGCGCAGAGAUUAUCACACUCAGUCAGCUUCACGGACCGUUCAACAGUGAACUGUUUCAUUCAGCUUCUUCUUCACGGCCCAUCAUCGUCGUCCCCUAUGGCGUCCUCCUCGCCGCCGCACGUGGUGGAGGACCUGCCCCCAUUCCUCCAGCUGCUCAGCGACGGCACGGUGAUCCGCGACCGCUCCGCGGAAUACAGCAUCCUGCCCACCCCGCCGCCGCCCGGCCGGCAGCCCGACGUCCGGUGGAAGGACGUCGUGUACGACGCCGCCCGCGGCCUCAAGCUCCGCGUCUACAAGCCACCGCUCUCCCCCUCUUCCUCCGGGAACAACAAGAAGCUCCCGGUGCUCGUCUACUUCCACGGCGGCGGAUACGUGAUCUGCAGCUUCGACCUGCCAAACUUCCACUCGUGCUGCCUCCGCCUUGCCGGCGAGCUCCCGGCCCUCGUCUUCUCCGCCGACUACCGCCUCGCCCCUGAGCACCGCCUCCCCGCGGCAUUCCACGACGCCGCCAGCGUCCUCUCCUGGGUCCGCGCCCAGGCCACAGCAACAGGAACCGAGAACGCCGACCCCUGGCUCGCGGAUUCCGCGGACUUUAGCCGGGUCUUCGUCUCCGGGGAUUCAGCCGGCGGGGGCAUCGUGAACCAGGUCGCGCUCCGUCUGGGCUCGGGCCAGCUCGACCUCGGCCCAUUACGGGUCGCGGGCCACGUGAUGCUCUUCCCGCUGUUCGGCGGGGAGCAGAGGACGGCGUCGGAGGCGGAGUACCCGCCCGGCCCGCACCUGUCGCUCCCGGUCCUCGACAAGGGCUGGCGCCUCGCGCUGCCGGUGGGGGCCACGAGGGACCACCCGCUGGCCAACCCGUUGGGGCCCGGGAGCCCGGCGCUGGAGCUGGUCGCCGGCGCGCUCCCGCCCUUGCUCGUGGUGGUCGGCGGGCUCGACCUGCUGCGCGACCGCGCCGUGGACUACGCUGCGAGGCUCGAGGCGAUGGGGCAUGCCGUGGAGCUCGUGGAGUUCGAGGGGCAGCACCACGGGUUCUUCGCCGUCGAGCCGUACGGCGAAGCGGGCCACGAGUUGGUCUGUCUCGUGAAGCGCUUCGUCCACGGCAACGGCGCCGCCGUCUCCAGUUGAUUAAUUUGGGGGUCGGUAGUUCAGUAUUGUGACAGUACAGUUUACGGAACUGCUUGGUGUACAACGAAAUGAGUAGUACAGUACGAUUGAUGUACGAUGGCUUAAGCAAGGUGUGAUCAAUAGCUGCUUCACCACAAACCUAACAAAGAUGUGAAUGGCAAUAUCAGUACCAAAAAAAAAGUACCAAAAUUGUUUUCUCAAGCUUACCGUGCAAACCGCAUAUUAGAGCAACAAUAAUAGAUCCUACUCAGUAAGCUGUAAGCAGGUCCACGUCAGAAAAAUCCUACCUGGAGGGGUGAGAAGAGGGAAGCGGACGACUCCUGAGUCCCUCGGCUAUAGCGCAGAGCACGAGAACUAAAUGCCCGCUUGCAGCUCGAAGCAAUCUCCAGAGCCGGCGAUUCGAUCCCGUGCUCCUCCCCCGCGCUUUGCCCUCGCCUCCCGCGCUUUGCCCUCCCAUCCCGCGCGCCAAAUCUUCCCCGUGUCCUCGUCCCAGGCGCGAAAUCGAAGAACCCCCAAAUCGCCCCACCGAACCCUAGAACUUUCGCCGGCGUUGCAGGAAGGAGAUGGGCCAGAAGUCCAAAAGGACGUGUGCGCCGCGCCUCAUCUCGUCCCGCCGGCGGCGCCUCGUCCUCUGCUGCCGUCGGCCUUCCCUUCCGCAUACGGCCCUGUCGCUUGGAUGCCCCUGCGACCACCGCCGUCCGUACGGAGAGAAGGUUCUUCGGCUCAAGGGCCUUGUUGGGCACCGCGUGCCGAAAUUGGUGGCUCUACAGCUCCUUGGUACACGACUGGGAAUAUUGAUGACUCCGAUCCACAAGCAUGGGGAUUGGAUUCUCAUCCACCUGGUGGUUUCCUUAGUUUAAUUAACAACAAUUCAAGCCACUCACAGGCCGUGAGCAACGGGACUUCACCACAGCCAAUCAAUAUUGCCAAUGACACCAAUGGUGGUGAUUCUGCAAGGACUGGAAAACGCUUGCAAUGGACAAAAGAGGAGGAUUGUAGAUUGAUCAGUGCUUGGUUGAAUAAUUCAAAUGAUCCGAUCCAGUCAAAUUACAAGAAGAAUGACCAAUAUUGGAAAGAUGUUGUUGCCGUCUACAGUAGUACCACCCCAAAAGACAGGGCAAGGCUAGUCAAGCAAGUGAAGGAUCGCUUUGGGAGAAUUAAGAAAAGGGUUGCAUGGUUUUGUGCGAGCUGGAAGGAGGCUAAUGCUUUGUAUGCUAGUGGUGAAUCUGAUGUGGAUUUAAGGGAGAGGACAAUGAAAACUUACGAGGCAGAUCACAAAGAAGAUGGUCCAUUUAUUUAUGAGCAUUGUUGGGAGUUUCUAAAAAAGGAACCAAAAUGGGACGCAUAUCUGGAACGCCUUGAAGAUCUAGAGCCGAGAAGAGAAAGUUCAGUGUUCAUGAUGAAGUGGGGCAGCAUUUCAAUCUAGAUGAUGCUCGAGAUGAACGGCCAUUAGGCGGAAAGCAAGCUAAGGAGCAGCAGAAACGAAAAAGAAAGGAUCAAGAUUGUAUAAUAGAUCUUGAAGAUGAGCUGAGCAAGUUUGUAGAGGCUCAGACUACAGCAAAAGAAGGACGCAAAGAGAUGUUAGAGACACAAAGGCGUGUGUCCAGCGAGAAUCUUGAAGCUCGGAAGCUUGCGUGCCUUGCUGCAAAAGAUGACAAGGAGUGUGCCAUGCUAGAAACGUACCAAUCGUUGAUGAUGCAAGAUACAACCGGGAUGCCUGAAGAUGUGAGAUCUGAGCACGUGUUCGCAUUGAAGUGUUUCAGGGAGAGGCUAUUUGGCAAAACUGACUAAGUGACUCAAAGUUAUUGAUGCAAAUGGGUGGUUGCUCCUUUCUACUGAAGUUUGAAGUAUGCUUUUGUCGCCGUCAUAAACUUUUGUAUGCAAAUGGGAGGUUGAUGGUGCACGUGGCCAUAAACUUUUGUUAGUGUCUAGAUCAAAAUUUACGGCAUGUUUGCUGAAGAUCUUAUUUAGUAUUAUGUUGUUUGAUUAAUGAUUUCGACUCAUGUAAUGUUUAGUAUCGUUGUCAUGGUGCUUUGCGCCACCAGAUUGUUGCUUACAUCGUGUUUGUUGGAAUCUUAUUUGUUAUGUUUGGUAAUACUUGGUAUUCCAUUUACAUGUGUGUUGUGUUUGAA